GAACACUAUCGAGUAUUUUUCCGUAUCUCUCUAGGCUCCAACAAGAAUAUAGCAGUAGCGCAGAAAAGACCCGCCACAUCUAGCAAGAAUACGCAGGGUGCGCUGCUUUGGAAUCUUUCUGGCCCCAACGCCCGGGAUGAAGUAGCUAUGGUACAAUCCAUUAAGCACGAAAACUUCGUCAAAGCUCUCGCAGUCUAUGGGGCAGGGGAUGACCUUACGGUAGCCUUCGAGUUUGUACCGCUUUCUCUUCAGGAAGUGGUCGUGAACAGGCGUCUGAAUGAGUCAGAACUGGCAUGCAUUCUGAAGCAGGUCGUGAAUGGCCUGUUAUAUCUGGAACAGCACGAUUGGGGCCACCCGAAAUUGACAUGUUCGAACGUAUUGAUAGAUCAUGGGGGACACGUGAAGAUCUGGGGUCAACAACAAUGUAGCCAGCGUUCAUCUCAUAAUCUCAGCGAGGGCCUCUGCUUGUUGACGGCGCAGCUGAUAGCAGGUCGCGAAGAGAAGGUCAAUCCUGAUAAAUUUAGUUACGGCAUUUGGACGCCUCCCAAGGACGUGGUCGACUUCUUCGAGCUAACAAAGGAGCUAAAAAAUUCGACAAAGGACAUCGUAGCGGGACCAAUGGUCAACUUCACGCCUGGUCAGAAUCAGAUGGAGCGAGUC